AAACACAUGGUGGCCGUGAAACACAUUCUCCUCUUGUACACUGUGACAGAUUGGAGCAUUCAGGUGAAACUAAAGUAUUACAAAGAGAGAGGCCAGUACCUGUUCCAGUGGAAAAAAAAAAUGGAAAGUGAGAAAAGUUGUGGAGAGACAAGGAGACCUACUCCUAGGGAGAGAAGCAAGCCUAUCCCCAAGGAGAGACAAAUGCUGAGAAUGAAUAAGAACAAUGAACAAGGUGGAGAGACAAAGCCAUUACCUGAACGAAGACACACAGGACCCGGAGAAGGAAAAGAGGAAGAGAGUAAUGGAAGAAUAAAUGAGAGGGCUAAGCCUGUACCGAAAGAGAGGACUAGGCUUUGUUUUAGUGCUCCAGCUAACUGCAACACUAGCCCCUCUGUGUCUGUAGGUUCUGACACCUUUUUACCUCCUGUGCCCCCACGAAGUACUCUCAACUGCCCUCCACAACGCUUCACGUCUGCCUUGUGCCCCUCCCCACCUGCUCAAACCCCUGGCUCUCCAAAAUCAGACAGACAUUUGGUCGAAACUCCAGCAGUACAGUGCAGAUCUGCAUCCCUAAAUUCCACUCCCAUCAGCACCCCUGAUUCCACAGAAGCACCCCUCCACCCUUCUACCACCCAGUCUACCCAAACUAGGCCUCAGACAUUAGCCAUUCAGCCACUUGCCCAACGUUUGAGUAGUGAUUUAGGGGGAAAUGCUUCUCCCAUCUCCCCUGCUGCAUCCCCAAUUGAUGACAAAAAUAUUCCACCUCUUCCUCCAAAAGCAGGAGCAGGAAAUAAAGACCCGCCACCAAUCCCACAGCGGUUUCUUGCACAGUCUUCAAAAACUCACAGCCCACCUCCCACCAAGGCAGGAACUGAUGAUAUGCAGAAAGACCACACUCCACAGAUCCCACUUUGCACCAGGACACCCCAUACACAAGAAAACAACCAACAAUCAACUCUACCUGACCCGCAGCUGACUCUGCCUGCAAUGAGGAUCCUCCAGCCUCCCCGUUUGGGUUCAACUGAUGAUAAUUCUGAUGACUACGAGGAUCCAGACUUGUCUCACCCCUGUGUUCAGCAAAGAAACGAGGCAGAUAGGCUGUCUCCUAACCAGGAUAUGACCCUGCAAGUAGCCGGUCAUUCAAAGAAUCGCUACAGUUCUUUUUGCAGUGAUGAUGAACUGUUGGAUGAUGAUGAUAAUACCCUUUGGCAGGUUGAAGGUUUUAGCAGUCAGAAAGGAAGUUUCUGCCUACCACACACUGGCUGUUUGCCCGCACCCAUUAAAGACGACACCUCUCAGCUCUCUGCAGUUAUCAAGAUGGGCUGGCUGGACAAGAAUCCACCUCAGGGGGCUCUCUAUUACCAGAGAAGAUGGGUUAAACUAGAUUUUGACUAUCUGCGAUACUUUGACAAUGACAAGGAGGUGUACUCCAAGGGGAUCAUCUCAUCAGCAUUCAUAACUAAUGUAACCAGUGUGGGGGAGCUGAAGUUUGAAGUUGCCACAAGCAACCGAACUUUCAUCUUCAGGGCUGAAAGUGAAGCUGAAAGAAACAGUUGGGUAUCUGCACUGCAAGACUGCACCAGGGGGCGCCAACGACGCAGCACCAUGAGCCCUGGUUCACUGUCGAUGCCGGAGUAUCAGGGCUAUCUGGAACUCAGAGGAUUACGCUCCAAACUUUAUACUGUUGUUGCCUCAGAUAAAGUCUUCCUCUACAAAAAUAUGGAUGAUUAUCGUAUAGGAGUGGGUAUCACGUCUAUUGAUAUGAAUGUGGGAAAUGUUAAGGACUCUGAUCGUCGAAGUUUUGAUCUUACCACCCCUUACCGCAUAUUCAGUUUCAUAGCGGAGUCAGAGCAGCUGAGAGAGCAGUGGGUGGACGCCAUGAGGAAUGCCAUAGGUGAGGCGCUGUCCAAUAGCGAGGUAGCUGAGCAGAUCUGGGCGGAGCCUAGUAACAGUUUUUGUGCCGAUUGUGGAGCUCCCAAGCCGGAUUGGGCAGCGAUCAACUUGUGCGUGGUGAUCUGCAAACGUUGCGCAGGAGAGCACAGAGGACUGGGUCCUAGCAUCUCAAAGGUUCGGAGUCUGAAGAUGGACAAGAAAGUGUGGACAGAGGAGCUCAUUCAGGUUUUCCUACUGCUUGGCAAUGAACGGGUAAACAGCUUCUGGGCAGCUAAUGUCCCACCAAGUGAAGCUUUGACACCCUCUAGCUGCACUGAAGACCGACGACGCUUCAUCAGCAACAAAUACCGCCAGGGCAAAUACAGAAAAUACCAUCCUCUAUAUGGCAACCAGAGAGAGCUCAACAAUGCUCUUUGUAUUAAUGUGCAAUGCAGUGAUGUGCUGGACACAUUAAGCCUGAUUUUCUGCGGUGCAGAUGUGAAUUGUUCAACUGGUAUGGAAAACUGUCCCUCCCCUCUCUCCUUGGCCAGCGCACACUCACAACCCCUGCAAGCUGAAUUGAUCCGGCACAAUCUCAACACGGAUCUGCCACAAUCAGAGGUGGGUGGGGGAAUGGAUCUAUCACAUUACAAACCACCACCUUGUGUGUCUUACAAUGGCUUCCUGUUCAAAACUGCAUCCAUGGCUCGGGCCAUCACAGAGCGCAAGACCAAAGAAGAGUUCAGUCGUCGUUGGUGCACACUAAAUGAUGGUACCUUCAGCUAUUAUGAAAGUGACAAGAAUUCCAACCCUAAUGGAGCACUUAAGUCUUCAGAGAUAGUCUGUUUGGCUGUCGAUGCACCUGAAAAACAUGGGUAUGACUACACCUUUGAACUCUACUCAGAGUCUGAGCGUCUCUAUCUGUUUGGCACUGAUGACCCAGACACUCACAAAGAGUGGGUCAAGUCUAUUGCCAAGAACUUUAUCCCAGCCACAGCAGAGCCUUUGCUGAGACUGGGUUUCGAGCGGAUUGGGCGGCUGAAGUGUAAAGACGGCUUGAACCUACAAACAUCCAAAGUUGGAUGGUUUGCUUUGGUGGGCUCCACACUUCAUGCUUACCUGGAUGACAGUAAGGGAGAAGAGAUCCACCUUCGCAAACUAAAUGAACUCUCAAUUCAGCAAGAGAAUGAAGUGCUGGUCCUGGUGGAGAAAGGCAGAACUCUGUACAUUGAGGGAGAAAGGAAGCUGGACUUUGCUGGCUGGUGUUCGGCCAUCCAGGCAGCAGCAGGGAGCGGAGGAGACACGCUGAGCCAGCAACAGCUCACAGAGACGGACAUACCUAUCAUAGUACUCAGCUGCAUCGACUACAUCACGCAGUGUGGUUUGACAUCAGAAGGAAUUUAUCGCAAGAGUGGUGUGAACUCCCGUGUGGCAGCCUUGUGUGAAAGAUUUCGUCGUGACGCUCGCAGUCUUCGACUGAAAGACGGAGAGCAUCAGGUGGAUGAUGUCUCCAACACACUCAAGCGUUUCUUCAGGGAGUUAGAGGAGGGACUGUUCACUUCAAAGGAUGGCAGCACCUGGCUCAGUGUUGCUGGGAUUCAGGAUGAAAGAAAAAAGAUCUUUGAGUACAAACACCUGUUGAAAAAACUUCCUAGUGUCAACAAGGCUACACUACAAGCCCUUAUUAACCACCUUUAUUGCGUGCAGCGUUUUUCUGAGCUGAAUCAGAUGAACCUCCACAACCUGGCCAUAGUGUUCGGUCCCACUCUGUUCCAGACUGAUGGGAAGGACUACACUGCUGGCCGUGCCAUCGAGGACCUCAUAGAGCACUACACACACAUAUUUGAGGUGGAUGAGCAGCAGCUAAACAAGCAGCUGGAGGAAAUUAAAGCCAUUAUCCAAAUGCGAGAUAAACUCAGCACCAAGUUUCCUUCGCAUCAGAGAAGCGAGCGUGAUGGCCACUUCAUCUGUACAGUGUACCUGGAAGAAAAGAAGGACACAGCAGAGCAACAUGUCAAGAUCCCUGGUUCUAUGACAGCAGCAGAGUUAACAUGUGAGGUCUUGGACCGGCGUAACAUUCCAGUUAAAGACAAAGAAUACUGGAGCUGCUGGGAGGUCUGUGACAAGGAGGAAAUGGAACGUCCUCUGCAUUAUCAGGAGCGAGUCUUACCCAUCCUUCACUCUGUUGGAACUGACUCCCACCUCCUCAUCAAGAAACAUCCUGCCAUGGAUUCGAUGAUUAACUAUCUGUCCAGUAAAGCAGAUGUAUCCAAACACGGGAUGAUGAAAUUCAGGGAAGAAAGAAGCAUCUUGGGACUUGGGCUGCCCACUGGAAACUUCCACGACAGAUAUUUCAUCCUCAAUACCAGUUCACUCAGAAUGUAUAAAGAAGUCAGAAGUAACCGGCCAGAACGAGAUUGGCAAGUGAAAAACUUAAAGGUUUACCUAGGUAUCAAGAAGAAACUCCGUCCUCCCACAUGUUGGGGUUUGACAGUGGUGUAUGAGAGCAAGAAACAAGAGAAGCCAGAGAGACAGCAGUGGUAUCUCUGCUGUGACUCUCAGUCGGAAAUGAAGGAGUGGUAUGCUACAUUUCUUACUAUCCAGUAUGACGGCAACGUGUGGCCUCAGGAUGGACUCCAGCAAACCCGAGUGAGACGCGUGGUACCUGAUACCCGUCAUGGUAAUGUGUCACUGAUACCGUUGCGUGGAAGUGAGAAUGAGAUGCGGAACAGCGUAGCAGCUUUCAGCCAAGACCCGCUUGCUGUGAGUCAAUCUGCCAAUCACCAGGACUAAUCUAGGGAAAACCAGGGAGCUUGAUCUAGAGCUGCCAGCUAAUUAGAGACAUUCAUGCUGAACAGGUGGUUCAGACCCUCAACCUUGAUCCCUAUCGAAGAGUAGAACAACAUGCACACAUUGUUUACUAGUUUUGCAGUGCACUCUUUGGAGGACUGGUUUUUGAUAUUUCAAAUGUAGGACAAACUUCUGUAGCAGUUGGCUCCUUCAAUAAGUAGGACAUGAGUUGGGGGCUGCACCUGUACAGGAUCAAUACUCUCUAAUCCAUGAUUUCACUAUGAUUUUAAUGAUCAUGUCAGGAUCUGGGUUCUUUAACUAGAAUUUGAACUAAAAUAAGCAACAAGGUUUUUGACUUUGAAUCAUGUGUAUUUUCUUAUAGCCUGGACUAAAGAACAAAAACAAAAAAAUUCUCAUUUGUGUCUGGGCCUAAAAACGUAUAAGAAUCCAGACCAAUGUGACAGCAGACAGCAGCAUCUUUAUAUUGCAGCUCUUUUGGACUCAGAAUCAGGAAAACAGAACUACUGCCAAAACAGCUGGUGAAGGCCUGCAAAAGCUGGGAGAAACACAAAGAAUUACACAUUUGAAACGGACUUAUGCCAGCAGGCAACCUAUGGCUAGUGCUAUCACUGCUCCUAUCAGCUUCCAGAGCUGUACACUUAGAUGAAUUUGAUAAGGAAAACACUAUCGCUGUAGGUUUGCAGGAUUCUGUCUCAAGCACACUUGACUACAAAACAGACCUGUUCAACAGCAUCAUCAAAAUUUAGUCUAGCCAUCCAAAGCACUGCACUCUGUGCUCAGUCUUAGUGAUCUCUGAGAAAUGUUCACAAUGUGAAGCUGCUGCUGUCUCUUCCUGCCAUUUCCAAGCUAUUGCAUAAUACUCAUCAGUUUGCUCCAGACUUCGGUAGAGAAGAAUCCAGCUCAGCCUACUGGAACUUCCUCUGGUAAUAACAAAAAUCCAAGGUUACUGUGUUGUUGCCUUCCACAUAUUUUCUUUUGGUUGUCUGUUUCAGUGUAAUGACUGGAUGAUUUUGUGCGUGUGUGUGUUGGGAGUGUAAGAGGAGGUGUGAUUGCUUUGGUGAUGGGGCAGCAGGUGGAGGUGCAUUUAUGCAGGAUGUGUGGGUGUUUUGGGGCUGAUUCUCUUUGUAUUAAUAUGUCCAGUUUUCAGUAGGAAUUUAAUGCACAGAGCAUGUUUGCAUGACUUUGUAAGAUUCUCACUUACAGCUCACUUAAGACGUGCUCAUGUUGUAGAUGUAAGUCUUGAUAACCGUCCACUCUGCUUGAUGUGAAUCCAGUGAUGAUUGGUAUUUGAAUGUGACAGAUUGUCAAAUUCACACAGCUUCUUCCUCAUUUGUUCCUUGAACAAAUCUUAUCUAGAUUUAGUUGUGCUUAGUCAUAUUACUGUCAUCCCCCACCCAUUCUUUAUUUUCUUUAUCUUUCCCCUAUCUUCUUUGUCAUAAACCCACUAUUGUUUAUGUUACAGUUAUUUAGAGAUCUUCGAUAAUGCUUACAGCAGUGGAAACAGCAAGGUGGAUGGUGGGGCUCAUCAGAUGACCUCCGUUUAUUCCAGUGACUUCAUCCUGUGAUUGUACAGACCAGAGCGACAAAUGUUCAAUGCUCAAGAGAGCACAGACACGCAUAUUACAUGUGGAUUUUAACCUUAUGGUUCCACCUGGACCGAAAUUUGAGCCAACAACGGGAUUAUGUAAAACACAACCUGCACUGGUUUCCAUACACAGACGAGUUUUACUUGAUGCACAGAAGAUGCAGCUGGGAGCUUUGGCAUUAACAGAAAGAGACAGUGAUGGAUCACAAUCGUCUUCCAGCUUGUUGUGCAGCAUGUCUGCACCCAGCGUUCACCUGUUUCCACUGGUUACUGGAGUCAAAGAGACACUGCAAGAAACCUGUAUUUCCCCAGAGCAUCUGUUUAAAAAAACAACUGCAGUUAAAGUUAUUAUAGGCACCAACACUGGGUGCUUAAACAAUGUUAUUUUAAUACAGUUUGUCAUUUGUACCUGAAUCUGUUUUUUCUGUCCACUUUCAGUACUGUCGCUUGAGAAAUCAAUGGUAUAGUUAUGCAGCUUAGCACUGAACAGUUAUUAUGAAGCAAAGCUUUUACCAGAAGAGACCGAUGAGAUUUCAUCUGGACUGGGACUGAAACACGGCAGGUGAUGGGUUGAUAUCUGUUACUGUGCAACAGCUUGGUCAGAGCUGCAUAUUUGUGCUUGUCUGGUUGUCUGCAUACGUGUAGCAGCGUGCAUAACUAAUAAACAGAGGAACUGAACAUGUCACAUUGUGCUUGUUGGGAGAAGUAAAAGGAGAGAGUUGUGUUGAAACAAACUAAAGGCUUAAUAAUAUUUUAAUAGAUUUAAAACAUACACAGCCAAUAGUGAGGUGUUUCAAAAUCUAAGAUAAAAUAAGAUAAAUACUUGAUUUAUUGUCUUUAUUGUGAAUCAGAUAAAUUAGUAACACCUUAGGAAGAAGAUUUCAAACCCCAUUCAUUUAAAACAAGUUUUGUCUUGAAUAAUUUGUAGUAUCAUCUCAUCGUCACCUCCUCUCCUCAGUUUGUUUUAUUUUAAUACUAAAUGUCAUUAAUCAGCAGUAUUUCUAAAAUGUCAGAGUAUAAAUUUGAUUUAAGAAAUGUCUCUUUUUUCCAUUAUGCACACGUUAGAAUCUUUACAUUUAUAUUUUUAUAGUUCGGGGCACACAACCCUGUAAAAAUGUGUAAGCACAAGAUUCUCAUUAAAAUGCAUUAAAAUGUAUUUCAUUCCCUGUUUCUUUAUAUGCCAGGUUCAAAUGUGUAUAUAUUUGAAGGAUGAAUCAGUCAUCAGCCCAUUCUCACAAUGUUGUGUUGUUGCCUGGAUGCCAUCUGUAGGUUUACUAUUGUAAAGUUUUAUUUAUUUGGACAGCAGAUGACGCUAGAUGCUGCUCUGUCAUGCGUCUUUGUUUAACUUCCUGAUUAUUGUGAUUAUCUGUAAAAUGCUAGUUUAAACAAGCACAGCACCUAUGAAGAAUGUGUAUUUUUACAGAAUGAUGUAGUGUGUGUUUGUGUUAUUAACUGUCACCCAACCUCAACUGUAGUCGAGCAAGACAACCCUUCCUAUAGAAAGUCUCCACUCUGUUUGUUUACAACAUAAACAUAUAAUGGGACCACUGAUCAAAUGUUGGUACCAUUUUUUUAAAUGUCAAGUUUCUAUUUGGACCUUUUGGAUACAGUCGAUCAAACUGAAUUUCACAUUUGGGUUUCACAAAAAUUAUAGUGCUUUUCAAUAUUUGAGAACAUUUGGCUGCAGCCUUGACAUGUCUAUAACUGUUUCCAGUGUUUCAUCUGUGAGUAAUUUGGACAGACUUAAAUCAUCAAUGUUUUUUUUUUUUUUUUUUUUAAUCAUCAUUUCCAUCCAGAUGUCUUUGUCGCUAUAAUUGGUUGUGAAAUAAAGUCCAGCAGAGGUU